GACGUCGGCACCACCUUCAUGGGCGUCUUCUUGUUUGGCUACAUGCCCUCCUUCUGGGUGCGGCUGAGAGGCAUCGGGCCGAUGGCGCCCGCGGCGCUGCUCCCCGCGAUUGUGCCUCCACGCCUGCGGGGUUGCGCGCCGCUCGUCGCGCUGGAGCGGUCCCGCAGCGACCUCUUGACGGCAGGGGCGCUCGUGCAGUGGUGGACGAUGCUCGCCAUCGUCUUCGCCGACGUCGCGGCCUAUUUUGUCGGCAAGCGGUUCGGGCGCACGCCGCUCAUCUCCGUCUCGCCGGGGAAGACGUGGGAGGGGCUGUGGGGCGGCGUCGUCGCGGCGACGGCGACCAUGGCGGCGGCGGCCGUCCUUUUGGGCUGGCCCUACCCGCUCGCGACCGGCGGCCUGUACGGCAUCGGCUGCGCGCUGAUGGGAUUGGCCGGCGACCUGACCGUCUCGCUGCUCAAGCGCUCCGCGCGCGUCAAAGACACGGGCAGCAUCAUGCCCGGCCACGGGGGGCUCCUCGACCGGCUGGACUCGUACCUGCUCGUCGCGGCGCCAGCCUUCUUCUACGUCUCCGCGCUCCGCAUGCUCCUG